UCCGCUUAACCCGGAAGUAAUUACCUGUCUCACCUGUGUGAAUUAGAAAUUAGAUGAUUCAGUUGUCAGUGGUUUCUUUUACCCAAAAAAUUGACAUUUAACUAGUUAUGUAUAUCCGAGCUUCUUGUUUCAUUUGUCUUGCGUUUCUGUGGACAACAGGACUAGCACUAAGAAUGGUUCAACCCACGCCUCCUUGCCCAUGUGUCGGAAUUACUGGCAGGAAGGCUCACUGCAAUCCUGUCGACGACUGGAGCGACGGGAAGAAAGAGACUUUGGUGAUAACUAACCGAGAUUCAGACUACAAAAUGUGGAUGUGGGAUUCCCUUACAGCUGUGAUUGAAUGGAAUGAUGACUUGAAUUCAACUUUGACAGAUGAACUGAUGUGUUAUGCCCACUCAAAAGGGAAGAAGUAUGGAUUUUAUGUUAAGCAGUUUCCAACACCAGAUCACGCUACUGAUGUAAGCGCAGAGAUAUCCUAUAAACGAGCUGACCUUGUUGCAGUGAACCUUAUUGAUUACCUUCACAACUGUGACUAUGCUGCAGCACAUGCUCAGGAAAUUGCCAAUUACACAACUACUGUACUUAGUGAGAUCAAGAAACAUAUUACUGCUAAAGUGUUGUGUGUUAUGCCAUGGAAACCACCAUGCUAUGAGCUGAAUUGUGAUGUUGGCCCAGCUUUAGCAAAACAGUGUGAUGGAGUAAUUUUUAGUCCAGAAAGCUACAAUACAUAUUGUUCAGAGACAUGUACAGCCAAGGCAACUGUUCCUUUCAGCAAAAUUACAAUUGGAAUCACAGAAUAUUUGGCAGCUGGUUUCAACUCCUCACAGCUUCUCCUGGGGAUACCUUGGCACGGAUACAACUACACAUGUAGAAAUGAUGAUAAAGUUGAUAAAUGGUCUGGCCACUAUGUGUGUCACUUGGGGAAGAAAUUGGACAGUGCCACCAACAAGACAGUCUGCGACAUAGAAGGAUCUAGAGAGAAAAAACUCAUCGGGUCAGUUGUAGGAAAAGUACCACAGAUGGCUUUGUUAGAUGCUACCUUCAGUAAACCAGAUCAAACUCCAUACAAAGUACAGAAUGGGUCGGGUAAUGAUACUCGAAAAUAUAUGCUCUGGUUUGAGGAUAUUGGAAGCUUGCUGGCAAAAUACGACGCAGUGCAAAAGUAUGAUAUUAAAGGAUGUGUAAUCUACACUGGGGAUGAUUUGGCAUAUGACCAUGUGAAGGUAAACGAGGAGUUUGAUAAUCAUAUGUGGUCUUGGAUGCUACAUAGCAUUCUGUCAAGUGGUCAGACUUACGAGAAGGAGAGUAAAGGAAACAUUGCAGGUACAGUAGCUGGAGUUGGUGUUGGUAUGUUUUUACUGGGAUGUUUGCUAGGUACACUCAUAUCAUGUAUAAUAUUCAGACGAAAGAAGGCACUCCAUGCUCCGUUCAAACACGAUACAUUGGCAGACGAAUACACAGACGACUUAGACCACAACCAGUUGUAGCAGCAGAAAACCAUUUAGCAUGGGAUAACCAUUUAGCAGAAGAUUACCAGUUUUAGAUUGCAAAAUGUCAACUAGUCUGUCAACGAAAAUUGUUUAGUCUUAGUUUAGUUUUGUUAUGCUGCUAUUUUUUGACUUCUUCUGCCUUAAGCAGUUGUGCAAUUGUUAAAAACUUUUUAAAAAAUCCUGCAGAUUUUAAACAUUCAACAUUGUCUCAAAAACAUGUGAACAUAUUAUAUUACCUGGCAGUUCUAAAUUUUUAAGUCAGCAUUUUAGACUCUGAGUAUUGACAAAUUCACUGAGGCCCUGACUUAAUUUAGUUGUAUUUAUUUAUUUGAUCAUUGACAAAUACACUGAAACCCUAACCAACUUUAGUGAUACUAAUUCAUUUUUUAUUUGGUUUAAUAAAGGUUGUGUUGUUUAUAAGACGAUACAUUUUAUGCAUAGAAAUUAAAUCUGCACUUAAGGCAAAUAUUCAUCAUGGAGGCAAAAUUAAACAAAUUGGAUUUUGUUGGCAACAGGAUUUCUCCAUUCCUACCUCCUGUUUGAUUCACCAGCUUCAUCACAGAGUUGUUUUUAUGUGAAUUGUUGCUUUAUAAUGUAAAUUCUGAUAAGGCGUAAAAAAUUGUUUGUUUCCAGUAUCCCGACCUACCCUAAAUUUUUGGCCUGACCCAAAAUGUUUUAUGGCCUUGGAGAAUAUUUUUUUCGACUUUUUAACAAAAAGUUGAAAAACUGCACUUUUUAUGCUUUUAACAUGGUCAGUGAUGUUAGAAAUCAACUUACUGAUGCUCUAAAGGCUUAACCUCCUUAUUUGUAUUCAUUUUUUGACACAAAAAUAAUUUAUGAAAAGUCGCGCUUAAUAAUAAUAAUAAUAAUAAAAAAAAAUUCUGACUUACCUACCCUAAUUUUUUUUAGCAUGUUACCAGAAACAAUUUUUUUUAGGCCUAAGAGUUAAACAUCAUUUUGAAGGAUUCUAGGGGUGGUAGUAGGAACUGAACUGAAAUUUUAAAAUGUCUUUGAAAAUAUGAGCUUAUUUUGCCCAAAACAUUUUUCCCUGUGUAAGGCCAAUAAUUUUUUGUUUUUUAUGCCCCCGAAGGGAGGCAUAUUAGUUUUCAACUGUCCGUUCGUUAGUUCGUUCGUCACAACGUUAACUUUUUGCAUGAAGGCACUUUACUCGCGAACCACUGCACCCAGGACCUUCAAACUUCACAUGCUGAUAGUACUUAUUGAGUACACGACCCCUACUGACUUUGGGGUCACCAGGUCAAAGGUCAAGGUCACAGGGGCCAAUAACUUUUUGCAUGAAGGCAUUAUACUCGCGAACCACUGCACCCAGGACCUUCAAACUUUACAUGCUGAUAGUACUUAUUGAGUACAUGACCCCUACUGACUUUGGGGUCACCAGGUCAAGGUCAAGAGGUCAAGGUGCUGCGGGGGCAUUUGUCACCAUUAGUGACAGCUCUUGUUCUUUUAUUAUACUGUCAGGUUUACAGUUAAAUGUUGCUGUUACACUAUCUAAGAUAUCCUGUUCCAUCAACAAAUAAAAUAGAAAGUUUAAAUCUUAUAAUGUCUAAAAUAAGAAAAUUUAGUACCAGCCUUUCAGUUUAGUGAAUUGAUGUAUUACUUGAAUAAUAUUUUUAUUUAAAAUGAAAUUUAGGAAAACCCUUGUAAUGGAAAAUGUCAAUAAAUCAGUAGUAUUUAAUAAAUAAGAUUAUAUAAACUGUAAAAAGUUUCAGUUUUAUUAAAAAGAAAAAUAAUCAUGCUGAAUAUGUAGGGAAGAAUACUGGUAAGUCUAGUGUUAUUUAGUCUCAUUAUAAUAAAAAAUCUCUUGUUGCCUUUAAGGAGCCUCCACGGCUAAGUGGUAUAGGUUGCUGACUUCAGAGCUCUUACCCUCACUGAUCCUGGUUCAAGAGUUACUUGGGGUGUAGAAUUUUUUAUAUGAGGAAGCAUUCCAGCUGGCUUAUGGAAGGUCUGUGGUUCUACCCAGGUGUCAGCCAGUGAUGAAAUAAUGCCCAGAAGGCACCUUGGGUCUUCUUCACUGCAAAAACCUGAGAAGUUGUGAUACGACUUAUACUUGUGUUGACGUGAUGUAAAACCAAACUAAAUAAAGAAACUUGUUGCCCUUUUGUUUUCAUGUGGGCCCCCAUUUUUUUAUGAAAAAGGACAAGUUUGCUUGAAAAAAUACUGUUACACAAUAACUACUUUAAUUUCUGUGAUACUAGAAUUAUUUUUUCAUGGAAUGCCAGAUUUCGUUCUCUAUAUGAGAAACUAUUAUACACCUUUUCUUCUUACAUGUAAUUUUAAUAUUUUCCCCCAGAAACAAAGAAUAACUCUAAGUGAAGUACAGAGUGAGUGGCUUUGAAUUUAAGUGACUCCAGAAGAUUGUCAGUGUUUUUUGUUUGUUUGUACGAUGUUAUAAAAUAGCAUUGUUGAUGAAUUAAUGUAUUUCUUUACAAAUUUCAAGUUUUUCUUUCUAUGUACCAACCAGAAAAGAGAUUUUAAAUUUGUUUUUACUCCAGAGCUUUGGUGUCAGUAUGAUAUUCAAGGGUUCAGGUUAUCAGUACUAAAAUAAAAUUGUGUUGGCUAUUUCUAAAGUCUGUGUACUUUUUUUCAAAGACUGGCACACUGAACCAGUUUUAAAAUGAAACAUGUCUGUCUGAAAUUAUAGAUUUGUAUAAGGGUGCACAAAACUUGAAAUUUAACUUUUUUGUUCUUAGAAAAAAAUCACCAUUGGAAUCAAAGUUUUGUUUUGAUGUUAUUAAAGGUAUGCUAUGCUUGUCUUUCUGUGAAGUCUAGAAAAUCCUCAUAAAAUAUAUUUAACUUUGCUAAAUAUAGGAAUUACUGUAACUGUAUAUGCAGAGAUGAAUUCAUAUUGCAAUGACCAUUUGAUAAAACAACUAGUGACCUAUGCAUUAAUUAGUGGGUAGUCUUUUUAAAUCUAAGACACUGGACUGUUUAUACAGGAAGACAUGUUUACUUAAUGUUCACUUAUAAAUUAUAUUUUUGAGCAUUUGUUUAUAUUUUUAAAUAGGAAAUGUGGGCAUUAGAUAUCUUGAAUAACUGAAUUGUUAAUCAUUUAAACAGAUAACUAUCAGGCCAAGGCUUUUGACCCAAAAUAUAAUUGUGCUAUUCAAGAUUAAAUGCUACCAAAAAAACUCUUGAUCCAAAGUGCCUUAAAACCAUUGGGCAGAAGAGUGCUAUUUUUUGCUAACAUUUGUUGUGCAUUUUUUGUGAAAAGAUCUGCUUUUGGAUUUGUUUUGUACUUUGAUAUUUUCUGUGAUUUUAGAUUAUGUGUUGGAUGUGAUGAAAUAUAUUGUCAGAACUGGGCCUAUAUUUAUCAACAUUUUUAAGUUAGGGGGCUCAGUUUGUCUAAGUUGCUAUGACUCAGCUGUCUACCUUUGUGGUUUCAAGACCGCUUUGAUCAUUGUGUGAAAAAGCCAGCUGAUAUUUUUUAGGCCUUUGGCUCUGCCCAUGUGUUUGGCUUUACCUAAAAUAAUGCUUAAAGGGGCACCCUGAUUCUUCUUCCACUGUUUAGACUGAGCAGUUUUCAGAGGACUUUAUGUAUAGAUUAAAAUAACGGAUAAAACAAAUCAAAUACAAAACUCAAGGUGCCUUAACUUAUUUUGUGAUAUAUGUAUAUACUGCUGAAGAUGUGUAGCCCUUGUAAUCAUGUAAACUUCCUUUUGGCAGAGGUUCAUGAAUUAGUGUUCUUGUAAGUGAAAUAGGAACAUACUGAAAAACUAUUUUAAAUUGUCUUGAAAUUUAGGUAAUGUUGAUAAAUAUUGGCCUAAGUUAUUAAAAACAUGCUCUUAUGUUGUGUAGCACACAUGAUUAUUGUAUUUGUAUAUGUUGUAAAAGUUUUGUAGUUAUUUGUGUAUUUUUAACAUCAUUUGUCAUUCUAACCAUGAUUUAUAAUAGAGAUGUACAAUUGUUUAAUAUAUUUGAUAAUAUAUUUAUACAGGCGGUAA